UUGGUUUAAAGUCUGCAGUCUGUUGGCACACUUUAAUAUUUCCCUUCCUCCUCCUCCUCCUCCUCCUCAGAACAACUCGAUUUCUCCAUCAGACAGCCUGCGCACAACCAGCGAGAAGCACCGUGGCUCCUCUGAUUAUAGCUUGGACUCCAAAAAACGCAAAGUGGAAGACAAGGACAGCAUGAGCCGAUAUGACAGUGAUGGAGACAAAAGUGACGAUCUGGUGGUUGAUGUUUCCAACGAGGACCCUGCCACACCUAGAGGCAGCCCGGCCCACUCCCCUCCUGAGAAUGGUAUAGAUAAGCCCCGCCCAGCAAAGAAGGACACACCCAACAGCCCUGCCUCUGUGGCCUCCUCCGGCAGCACCCCCUCCUCUAAAAACAAGGAGCACAGCCAUAAUGACAAAUCCUCCACGCCUGGUCUCAAGUCCAACACCCCCACGCCUCGUAACGAUGCCCCCACCCCUGGUACAAGCACCACCCCUGGGCUGCGGCCCAUCCUAGGCAAGCCUCCAAUGGAAGCUCUUGCCGCCCCUGCUCUACGCACCCCCCUCUCUUACCCAACUCCCUUUGCCAUGAUGAGCCACCAUGAGAUGAAUGGUUCUCUGACCAGCCCUGGAGUCUAUGCCGGCCUUCACAUCUCUCCUCAGAUGAGUGCGGCCGCUGCUGCUGCCUACGGACGCUCGCCCAUGGCGGGUUUCGAGCAUCCUCAUAUGAGAGCUCCCGGCCUCCCUGCCAGCCUCACCUCAAUCUCUGGAGGAAAACCAGCCUACUCUUUUCACGUCAGCGCUGACGGACAGAUGCAGCCUGUGCCCUUCCCUCCAGACGCUCUUAUUGGUCCGGGGAUCCCACGCCACGCCCGUCAAAUUAACACACUCAGUCAUGGAGAGGUGGUGUGUGCUGUGACUAUAAGCAAUCCCACACGCCAUGUAUACACUGGUGGCAAGGGCUGUGUUAAGAUCUGGGACAUCAGUCAGCCUGGAAGCAAGAGUCCUGUGUCUCAACUAGACUGCCUGAACAGGGACAACUAUAUUCGGUCCUGUAAGCUGUUGCCUGAUGGUCGCACUCUUAUUGUCGGAGGGGAGGCCAGCACUCUGACCAUUUGGGAUCUUGCCUCCCAGACACCCCGCAUCAAAGCCGAGCUGACCUCAUCUGCACCAGCCUGCUAUGCGUUAGCCAUCAGCCCUGACGCCAAGGUGUGCUUCUCCUGCUGCAGCGAUGGAAACAUCGCUGUUUGGGACCUCCACAACCAGACCCUCGUCAGGCAAUUCCAAGGCCACACAGACGGUGCCAGCUGCAUUGACAUCUCUCAUGAUGGCACCAAGCUCUGGACGGGUGGCCUUGACAACACAGUCCGCUCCUGGGACCUGAGAGAGGGGAGACAACUCCAACAGCAUGACUUCACAUCACAGAUCUUCUCUCUGGGCUACUGUCCUACGGGUGAGUGGCUGGCUGUCGGCAUGGAAAGCAGCAAUGUGGAGGUGCUUCACCACACCAAACCUGACAAGUACCAGCUGCACCUUCACGAGAGCUGCGUUCUCUCUCUCAAGUUUGCCUACUGUGGUAAAUGGUUCGUGAGCACUGGGAAGGACAAUCUGUUGAAUGCAUGGAGGACUCCCUACGGCGCCAGCAUAUUCCAGUCAAAGGAAUCAUCCUCAGUCCUGAGCUGUGACAUAUCAGCCGAUGACAAGUACAUUGUUACAGGCUCUGGAGACAAGAAGGCCACGGUGUAUGAAGUGAUCUACUAGACUGAGAGGUAACAGACUGGAGCAGCUCAGGCCUCUGGAGGAAGAAGGGGGACACACAACUUCUCACUCCAGUGACUCUCCUAGUCAAACAGACAGGAACAGCCCUUGUCUGUCUGUCUGACUGUCUGUCUCACACUCACUGACUUUUAACUGACUGACCACAGACUUGGAAAAGUGGAUGCUGGGGUGACCUGGACUAGGACUCAAAUGUGCAGCCCCACAAACCCCACACACUCGGCCCAAUUCAUAUGGCACUAGAGAACACUCGAUGUUUCCUUCCUUGCUGUUUUUUUUUUGUUUGUUUCUUCAAAUCUUUGUUGGAUUUUGGCUCUAUUUUUUCCUCACUAUGCAGUGAGAACGUUCCAUAAUGCAUCGUGAAGCAGCGCUUCGUUCUGAAACUUCAUCUGUGUGGAGGGUAUGUGAAAAGUGUACAUAAUGGAGUAUUAAAAUGCCUUUUAUAGAUUUA